AGUGAUGUCGUGCAAAUGUGCAAGCAAUUACGUUGUCUACAACUCGCAGGCUUACGAUUCUUAACAGAAAUCCCGCAGUUUUUUAACCAGUGUUUGUCAACGAGGAUGGCCCAAACAUUCAUCCUCCAGAGAGAGAGAGAGAGAGAGAGAGAGAGGAAGAAGAGGGGGAUGGGGGUCUGCUGGGGGGAUCCAGGCUUCGCAACUCCAAGCCGCACUGGUUAUCUAAAGUCAGGGGUGAACCUGACAAUCAGCACUUCCUCUUCGUCUGGGUCUGGGGACAGCAGCAGACAGAACCGCCUGGUGCCGGGUGGCGGCGGGAACUUUCCCAUUGGGUUCAUUCUCGAGGAACCGAACCUCAGGAAAUUCACUCUUGAAGAGCUGAAUAUGGCCACGGAAAAUUUCCGCAGCGAUUGGUUGGUCGGAGAAGGAGGGUUCGGACAUGUCUUCAAAGGUUUCCUGAUUGAGGAUGUAGCUUCUGGAAGGGAAAGAACAGUUGUCGCCGUGAAGAGGCUAAACCGAGCUAGUUACCAAGGAUUCAAGGAGUGGAUGUCGGAAGUUCUAUUUCUGGGAAGGCUUUCCCAUCCUAACAUCACGAAGCUGCUGGGUUUCUGUUGGGAGAAUGGCCAGCUAUUGCUCGUGUAUGAGUUCAUAUCCAAGGGAAGCUUGAAUCACCGCCUGUAUGGAAAACACUCUAAAUCUAAUCCUCUCUCAUGGGCCACAAGACUUAAGAUUGCGACUGGGGCUGCUAGAGGCCUCGAGUUCUUGCACUCAUCUGAGAACGGCAUAUUAUAUCGGGAUCUCAAGAGUUCUAAUAUACUUCUGGACGGAUCUUAUAAUGCCAGACUGUCGGACUUUGGGUUGGCACUGUUUGUCCCUUCGGAUGGCAGGUCCUCUGUCGGAACGAGGAUUGUUGGCACCUAUGGUUAUGGAGCCCCCGAAUACAUAGCAACUGGGCAUCUCUAUGUGAAGAGUGAUGUUUACAGUUACGGCGUCGUGUUACUCGAAUUAUUGACAGGUUUGCAGGCUAUUGAUAAGAACCGUCCACAAGGGAAAGCUAAUCUCGUGGAGUGGGCUGAGCCAAGGUUGUCGAGUGAAAGGAAAGUGAAGGCUAUGAUCGAUUCGAGACUGAAGAGGAAUUAUCCUCCAGAUGCUGCAGUUCAAGUAGCUCGGCUUGCUUCGAGGUGUCUGAGAAGGGAACCCAGAGAAAGGCCAUCUAUGAGUGAGGUUGUGGAGGCACUAGGAGAGAUAAAUGCUGCGAAUAAAGAACCAAGAUAUGCUUGAAUUGAUUCACAAUGAAAGGGUGACUUAUUUUUUAGCAUACGGAUGUAACUCUUCCUCCGAGCAGCACCAGCAGCUCCCCUCUCUUAUUGAGCUCUGGAGUUCCCACAUCGCCAAUGCAUUGUCAUCGAGUUCAGAAUU